GGUGUCCAGUACUUGAGGAGGAGGAGCAUCCGAAUCCGAUAACAAAAGGAAGAGAGGGAGACCAGUCUGCUCUACACCGACACCGUUGGCGGCCGCUCCGGCGCAGAUCUGUUCAUGGCGACCCCGCUCCUCCCCCGCGUUCGAGCCCCCAUCACCCACGUUAUCUUUGACAUGGACGGCCUCCUCCUCGACACGGAACCGUUCUACACGUUGGUGCAGGAGAAGAUCCUGGCGAGGUUUGGGAAGACCUUCGACUGGUCUCUCAAGGCCCAGAUGAUGGGGAAGAAGGCCAUUGAGUCCGCCCGAAUCUUCGUCCGCGAGUCCGGCCUCGAUGGCCUCCUCACGCCCGAGGCCUUCCUCGAGGAGCGGGAAGGGAUGCUGCAGGACCUCUUUCCCACGUGCCAGCAGUUGCCCGGUGUCAAGAGACUUGUCAGUCAUCUCCAUGCUAAGGGGAUACCUAUGUGUAUUGCAACAGGAUCUCAUAAGCGGCACUUUGCUCUGAAGACGCAAAAUCAUGGUGAGAUAAUUGCUAUGAUGCACCAUGUGGUCAUGGGUGAUGAUCCAGAAGUGACAAAAGGCAAACCUUCUCCUGAAGUAUUUCUUGCUGCUGCAAAAAGAUUCGAGGGUAGCGUGGACCUAAGCAAGAUUUUAGUUUUUGAAGAUGCACCAUCAGGAGUAGCAGCAGCUAAAAAUGCCGGGAUGAAUGUGAUUAUGGUCCCAGAUCCUUGUUUGGAUGCUUCGCAUCAGAAAGAAGCAGACCAGGUUCUUGGUUCCCUAAUGGAUUUCAAGCCAAAAGAAUGGGGCCUGCCAGCGUUCGAGCCGAGCAAUGAAUAAUUUGCUGUGCCUGCUACAUGCAAGCAAUUCUCUCUUAGUUGCAUCCAAUCGUCUUCAGGAGGUCACAAACUUCUAAUUCUUUUCUGCAAGAUAAUUGUGCUUUACCUUAGGUGAAUUUGCACACAUUUACUUCUGGAAAUUUGGCCGAAAGCCAAACAUAUUAUUCAUCUCUGUCUAACCAAGUUAUGUAUGCUUAGUAAGCUGGAAUAAUUGACAGGCCAAUUUGAUACCUGAAUAAGAUGGAAUGCUUUUAGAUUGAA